UCUCGUUUAAAUCAUACUUAGAACUGGAAAUGACAAUAUAUUUUGUUUAUAAUUUUACUUUAAAAAUAACAAGCGCCCAUGCUUCAAUGAUGGGCCGGCUACAAAACGAGCAAAUACGGUAUAUAUUCAUGAUUGCCAUUGCCGGGUAAUGAAAUAUUUUGAAUAUAUUUGAAUUAUAUGAAUUUAUUUUGUAACAGAGCAAACGAGAAUUUAAUCCAUGUUGCAAUAUUUAUAGCUAAUUAAUCAUUUUUGUCCAAUUUAUUUAUGAUCGGGCGAAAAAUCGGACACAGUUGGUCUGAAGUCACAAUAUACAAUUUCAUCAGUAUUAUAUUUCCAUGAUUUUACUUGCAUUUCCCAAAAGCAUGAUAUUUUUUGACUAAUUUGCAGUAGCAUAUGUAAGUGUUUUAAAUUUUUGAUAUUACCGUCAACUUAUUUCCUGCAUCACAAAAUCAUGAUAUAUCUUCAUUUUACUCAGCUUAAAGUAAGUCAUUUUCAGCUUCUUGCUUUUGUCUCCAUCAAAUACAAAAUAGAUUGUUAAAUGCUACAAACAACACUCUGUUUAUAUAUUUCACAAUAAUCGAGUUUUCUGUUUUCUACCAUUCAGUUUGAAUCAUUGUUUUUUUCCAAGAUAAUAUUUUUUUUAAACAUUAAAACCUUGUGGAAUUUUCUUUCCAGUAUAAAUACGGCUCGGAGAUUAAAUUUUCUGUAAUGUAAUUGCUAUGGAAGAAUAUAGUCGUGAGGCUUUCUGUCAUAAAGUUUCAGAUGAACUUGUACGCUACAUUGCUAAUGAAUUUGAGAAAACCAUAUUGUUAAAUGUGUGUCUUGUACAACGAACAAAGCAUGCAUCAAAAAAGAGACAAAGUGGAUUCAUUUUGUCAAGCAAAAUUGUUGACUUGUUGCAUGGUUUUACCUCAUUUUCAGAAAGGUUCCAUACUGUUUUGGAAGACGGUUUGAAGUUUAUUAAAAAUGAAAGUGAAAAAUGGAGUAUUUCAAUAUCUUCAUGGUGGAAAGAGGGAGAUAGCUACAGAAUUCAAUUGGAUAAAGUGAAAGCAUUCACUUGCAUUCUUCCGAAAAUAGUAGAUUUUGAAAUUUUACCUAUCAGGCAUGAGUUUGGACUGGAAAGUAAUAGCACUUUAUUAUUUUGUCAUGUCGAGCAGAAACUAACUAUAAACGACAUUAGAUCCCUAUUAUAUUGUUCGUUUGUGAGAAAGGCAUUGAAGUGUGAUCAAUCAUUGAUCCAUUUUUCAUGUGAUGAUGAAACAUGUUGCGAUGUUAUUAAGAAUCUAGACCUCGGCCUUAUGUGCAAUAAUUCAUAUAAAGACUAUGCAGCAGACAUCACAAAAAAUACUACUGUAUCAGAUGUUCCACAACGUUUUUUAGAUUGCAUUCUGAGUGAAGAAAAAGAUUCGUUUCCUUGUUUAUCUAGUUUACGAAAUCAAGAAAAUAAAACUGCUUUCGAAUCCAGAAUUGCCAACACACAUAAAAAUGCGAUAUUUAAUACUGUCCGACAAAAUGCAAAGACUUGCUUUCACGUUUGUAAUCAGAAAAAUGAAAUGUCAGCUCGUCAAGCAGAACUUCAUCAUGCAUGGUCCAGCGAUGUGUCAAAGAAAUCUGCUCAAACAAUCUGUAGCGAUUCAGAUAAAUAUUUUGUUCAUGCUGGUGUGAAUGAAACUCGAAAAGCAAUUGAUUUUAUCAGAAUGAGAAAAAAACAGAUAAUAGAUGCUUUUGAGACUAAACUUCAAAUAAGUGUAAAAGGUAAAGACUGGGAAAAUAGAGUUGAUAAAAUGACGGCUGCUACAAUAAGACUAGAAUUUUUGAAGAGUUCACCAACAAAUCGAUUAAAAAUAUCCACAGAAAGGGCUACAUUACCAACAGAUGUCAUGUUCAUGUUGUAUAACUUCUCAAGAUUGAAUAUGUUACUGAAUACAUUCACGACUAAAGUAAAAGAAGGAAAGAACCGUCUCUGUGCCAACUUUUGGAAGACCAUUCAAUAUCAUCAUAUACAUGUAUUCGAACAUUGCUCUCUUGUUUUAUCAGGGUAUUACCCACCUCUGCCAUCCUUUAGUGAACUCCAACUUGCAAGUCUAGUAGAGGAUGCAGAAUGGGAAUUAUUUAUUGAUCAUCUUUGGAUGUUUUUUGAUGUUAUAAGCAAACCCGUUAUAACAGUUGGUCGCAAUGUUAUUAAAAUAUCAUGUCAUAAUGUCAUCGACUAUCUGCAGCAGCUUUGCAGAUCUGUAAGUACGUUCUAUUCUCGUCAUCAUAUCUUGGGUCAAAAUCUACCUCAUCUUUUACCUGCGUUACAUGCAAGAAUUUAUUUGAUAAAAGCCACCAGAAAUGCAAUGUUACAGAUAUUGAAUCUUUUGGGAAUCGAACCUCCUCAACAAAUGUGACCUGGUGUAUACUUGCUUCUGGGUAAAUACACUGCGUUUCGGGGGGAUUCUGUAACAGAGUCAUCAUAAAAUACAAUACUAAGUAGAAUUAGGAUUUCGCGACUAAAGUUGAAAUAAAAUUUGUGAAAAUACACACACAAGCUGA